AUGGUCUGGGCUUUGUCCAGCUGUAUCCAGUUAUUCCGAGGAUCUAACCCGAUGGAAAACCCGACUAUCCCCUCCAGGGCCCCAACGGAAGGGAUGUUAAAUCCGUUGUGGCCAAGUGGUUUCGAACCCUGGUCCGUAUUGGGACUUACCUCCCUCAAGUACACUGGGAUACGACCACUUGAUCAGAGAGAGGAGAUUAGUGUUGUGAAAAAGAAGAACUUCGGGAAGGAGAAAAAGGAUUCAGCGUAUGUUGCUGCAGAGAUUGAGGAUAAGCGUGGAGCUAAGGUCAAUGGGAAUUUGAAGAAAUGUGUAUGUAUCGCAUAUGAAACUCUACGGGCUUCAGACAAAGAGUUAUUCAAGUAUAGAAGUGACUCCAAGGUAGAAAUUGGAGUAUCUAGCCACAAUCUGGAGGAAGGAGAUGAAGUUGAAGUUGGAGAAUCAUAUGAAAUUGGGGUUUUUUCAAUGAAGAGGUGA